AUGGGGGGGCAACAAAAGAAUAAUAGUCAAACUCAGAGAAGAAGGAACGAAAUUAUGGGUUUUACAGUUUCUCUCAAGCCUUUGGGGUUUGACCUCGUGCAGAACUGUGAUCUUCCUCCACCUUCCAAGUUUUUCAUGGGUCCAGAUAAGAGGGUGAUGUUGUCCACGAAUAGGACCUAUGACAUUACAGGCAAAGGAGAAGAGGAAGAUAGCAAGCAAUCCCGUGCUUACAGGAUGGAAAAUGGUGAUGAUGAAAGGAAUAAAAUGGAGCUUCUGAAGGCCCUACAAGCAUCUCAGACGCGUGCCAGGGAGGCAGAAAAGAAGGCUGCAUUUCUGAAAAAAGAAAGGGAUGGUCUUUCUAUGGUUUUGUUGGGGGAGGCCAUGCAUUUGUUUGCAUAUCGCCAACAGGUGAGAUUGCUUGAGCUUCAAGUUUUGCACUUGCAACAAUCCCAUUGGCUGCAUCAGCAAACAGAGGGAGAUGUAGGAUCAUCCAAGGGAGUUGGACAUGAAGAAGAAUCUACUAGUGUUGCAUGGGUUCUGGCUUUGGUUCUUUCGUUGGGAAUUGGAGUCAGCACUGCACUAGCUUGCAGACACUAUUUGUAA